AAUAUUCCGCGACAUUUUGUCACUGUCUACCUACAGGGAUUUAACUUAAUCAGCAAAAAAAUGUUUAUUUGAACCUUAGCAAGUACACUUAGUAACUUUAUCCAAGGCAUAUCUUCAACUUUCUUUAUUCAGUCAGUGUUGAUGUUCGCUAGCUGCCUACAUUAACAUUAAUUGUUAGUUGGCUAACGUUAUAAGCUAAAGCUAACCAUAAGGAUAUAACCGUAACACUGGAAAUUGUUUAUGGAAGAGGAGAUGGCCAAAUAUAAAGCAAAGGUCAACAGCAGUGUCAGCUUAGCUCCACCUCAGACUCGGUCACUCAGGUCAAGGAAAAGGGAAUGUCCAAGUGAUGAAAUCUCAGAGACUGAGGAUGUUAAGGCUGCUCUCCAUCCUCAGAACACUGAAGGAGAUAAUACAGCAGUGGAUGCUGCUCUGCUUCAGUGCCACCAGCCCCCUCUGCAGGAAUCUAUUAUGAUUUCAACUCAACAGCAUGAGGCAGCAGAACAGUCCUGUCUCACCAAACAAGAUCCUGACACACACAAAAAACAUACAGAAGCAACAGAUGUUUACUUGAAUGGGACAGGUAAAGCUUUUGAAGAGCAAGAAGGGACUACAGUCACCAAUCCCAACAAUGAUUCUCAGCCGGAGGGCUUAAGCGUACAUGCUGAUAAUGAUGCCACCAAGAGUGGAAAGGGCAAGGAUGAAAUGACUGCAGAGGAAUGUAGCAGAUCACCAUCUCAAACAUGCACUGAUCAACUUGAGGUCUUCUUGCCAAUCUCUGAAGAAGGUGAUGGAAGUGCUUUGGAGGAGCAGCUGGUUGCAGAGGAUAACUCUCAAUGUAAUUUGGAGAAAAAUCAAGAAACCAGCCGAGAAGAACCCAGCAAUGUGUACAUGGCCGAUGUCAAGGAAAUCACAAAGGACGCAGCAGUGGGCUUACCGGCCAAAAAGAAGCGAAGGAUGGGUAUGUGUGGUCUGACAGAGAGGGAGCGGAGUCACUUUUUACAGACACAAAAACGUGAGAACGGGCAGAAUGGACCGGAGAGAGCUGAGAAGCAGAUUUGUAAUGACACAGCUGACCUUGUGGCUCAGGAAAAGAUUGUAUCUUCAACCCCGUUAUCAUACUCAGUAUCCAUCCCAGUAGGCAGUGUCACAGAGCAGAGCGAGGCAGAGAUAAAACUUCAGUCCAGUCACUGUGGAGAGGAUGACAGGGCAGAAACUGAAGUCCACAUUGCUGUCCCUAUCUCAGAUGAGACCGGCACUGUGUGUGAUCCGGGCUGCUCGAAGGGAAAGAGUUGUGAGGUUGAAGGAGGCAUAGUGCCUGAUCCAGAGCAAACUGGUGACACAAAGUCAGACCCACCUGCAGAGGAGGAGCUUUUGGGGAAUCAGGAGCAGCAGGAACUUGAGGGACGCACAGCUGAGAUUGUGGCUGAAAAACCUCAGGAACAAAUUAAAGAUGGGGAAGAUGGGUCAGCACUAGUAGACCAAAGUCCUGCCUUCACUUUUGACUCUAAUCCAACUCAAAAUGAGGAGACUGAGAACCGGGAUGCAAUCAAGGCUGCCCUUCUUCAAGUGAAUAGUGCAACCAGGGCAAAAGACGAGAAGAAGGAAGCUGAUGCUGGGGACAGUGACGGACCUAAAGCAGACACUUCAACCACAGACACCCGGUCAGCGGAAUUCAACGCUGUGGAGCUCUGCGAGGCUGCAGUGACACCCAGUGGCUCAGAGAGGAAAGACAGCGGGGAUUGUGAUGAUAAACCUGAGGCCCCUCAGACCAGGGACACCGCUGACCCGUUUGGAUCUGGGUACUUGGAUUACGUGUCAGACUCGCAGCUGAACACCAUCGUUCUGACUGAGGUGAUGGAGAAGGAGGAAGAUCUUGGUUCUGCAGACUGUCACGAAGAUGCUACAGACCUGAUCUGUGGACUCAUCAGAGAACUCUCCUCUCUAAAUCGUAAGGUCAUGGCCACUCAUAGAGAGCUGGAGAACCUGCGCCGUGGCAGUAAAGCUUCCAGGAGCUCCAUCCGUUGAGGAUUCGUUUCAAGUCCCUGCCAUCCUGAGCUUAUGGUUGCCCUAAUGGUUUGUGGGUAAUGAAGGCACUUUUAAAUGUUACUAUACAACGUUUUUUUACUCUUGUACUAUUGACAGCUGGAAUGUUCAGUUAUAUAGCUCAGUUCUUGUUCUCCCCAAAUAAAGCAGGGUGUUUAUUACGUCAGUAAUCUUAAA